GUCUCUCCGACCCAUGUCCCAUCUCUUCUCCUCGGCGGGUGGGCAGUAGCCGCUGGCUCUGGGGCUGGUGCCUCGGGAAAGGCGGUCCGUGCCGGUGGCAUUCCCCUCGCCCACCGCUGCGAGGUCUAGGACACCAGGAGAAUAUAUUCCUGUAACAAUGGCAGCAAAAUCAUCACUCCUUAAAGUAAUACUGCUAGGAGAUGGUGGAGUUGGGAAGAGUUCCCUUAUGAACCGAUACGUCACCAACAAGUUUGAUGCACAGCUGUUUCAUACAAUAGGUGUGGAAUUCUUAAAUAAAGAGUUGGAAGUCGAUGGACAUUUUGUUACAAUGCAGAUAUGGGACACAGCAGGUCAGGAACGUUUUAGGAGCUUGCGGACUCCUUUCUAUAGAGGUUCUGACUGUUGCCUUCUAACCUUCAGUGUGGAUGACUCUCAGAGCUUCCAAAACUUAAGCAACUGGAAGAAAGAAUUCAUUUAUUAUGCAGAUGUCAAGGAGCCUGAAAGUUUUCCAUUUGUGAUACUGGGUAACAAAAUUGAUAUUGAUGAAAGGCAAGUGUCAACAGAAGAAGCCCAAGACUGGUGCAGGAAUAAUGGCAACCAUCCAUAUUUUGAAACCAGUGCAAAAGAUGCUACUAAUGUUGCAGCAGCCUUUGAAGAAGCCGUUAGAAGAGUUCUAGCCUCUGAAGAUAGAUCAGACCACUUUAUUCAAACGGAUACAGUAAACCUUCAUCGGAAACCGAAACCCAGUUCAUCUUGUUGCUGACUUAAAUAAUUUUUUUUGGCCAAAUUACUUUUGACUAGCUUGCUCUAUGGAAGGAUGGGGAAGGUGUAGUAGAUAAAAUAACAAACGGGUUCCACUCUAUGUUAAAAUUGUAAUAUUCUGCUGCUUUCUUGGGGGAGCAAAAGAAAAGUUUCCAUUCAUGAGUGACCCAUUAUUGAAUUAGUGACACUUUCUGUUUAGGAAGGUGUCAAGUAAAAACAUUAAUGUAAGAAUGUAAUUUGCCAACUUUAUUCAAGCGAUAAAUACUUUGAAUAUAAUUAAAACUUGAAAGUUCUAGAAGCACUACUUUGGAGAAACUGUUCUGGAAUUCAUGCACAAAGAUACUUUUAUAUGUGUAUAUUUUUAUGAAAUCGGCAUUCCGUUAUUGUUUCACUAGAAGUCAAGUUUCUUAACUAUGCUAGAUAUUAAACUUCAGUCUCACUACA